UAAGAGUACAGUUGAACUCACAUCGAGUUAACUCCACGAUGAGGGCUGUCCUAUUAUUCGUUGUGAGCCUGGCCGCUCUGGCCAUGGCUAGGCCUGAGAUUGACGACACCACACUUGUCACCAUGGACAUCAAGCAACGGCAACUAGUGAUCCUGAAGCUCCUAAACCACGUAGUGGAACCUCUGAUGUACAAAGACCUGGAAGAGCUCGGCAAGAACUUCAAGAUUGAAGAAAACACUGACCUCUUCACGAAAACCGAUGUCUUGAAGGAUUUCAUCAAAAUGCGCAAGGUCGGAUUUCUGCCGCGAGGUGAGAUCUUCACCCUCCACGUUGACCGUCAACUUAAGGAGGUUGUCACCAUGUUCCACAUGCUGUACUACGCCAAGGACUUCACCACCUUCGUCAAGACCGCAUGCUGGAUGCGCCUUUACCUCAACGAAGGCAUGUUUGUGUACGCUCUAACCGUGGCAGUCAGACAUCGUGAGGACUGCAAGGGAAUCAUCCUGCCCCCUCCCUACGAGAUCUAUCCCUACUACUUCGUGCGCGCCGAUGUCAUCCAGAAGGCUUACUUAUUGAAAAUGAAGAAGGGUCUUCUGGACCUCAAACUGUGCGACUUCUACGGUAUCAAGAAGACUGACAAGGAUGUGUUCAUCAUUGACGAGAAUGUAUAUGACAAGCGCGUGCACCUUAACAAGGAAGACAAACUUCGUUACUUCACGGAGGACAUCGACCUAAACACCUACUACUUCUACUUCCAUGUUGACUAUCCAUUCUGGAUGAAGGACAAGUUCAUGGACAAGAUGAAGAUGAGACGUUUCGAGCUUACCAUCUACAUGUACCAACAGAUCCUUGCCAGAUACUACUUGGAGCGCUUAUCCAAUGGAAUGGGCAUGAUUAAAGACCUUUCAUGGCACAAGACAAUCAAGAAGGGUUACUGGCCCUGGAUGAAAUUGCACAAUGGUGUAGAGAUCCCUGUUAGGUUCGACAACUAUGUUAUUGUUCGUGACCAUAACCGUGAUGUUAUCCGCCUAUGCGACGAGUACGAGAGGAUAAUCAGGGACGCUAUCAUUAAGGGAUUCAUUGAAAUUAAUGGAAUGAGGCUUGAGCUGACGAAGACCGAUGACAUCGAGACCCUUGGAAAGCUAAUCUUUGGAAAGAUUGACAAGGUUGAUCUUGACAAGACCCUCGUUGACUCAUACCGUUACCUGCUUAUUGUCAUGAAGGCUGCUCUCGGACUUAACACAUUCCACUCGGACAAAUACUUCGUCGUUCCGUCCAUCCUGGACCAAUACCAGACUGCUCUUCGUGACCCAGUAUUCUACAUGCUCCAGAAGCGUAUCAUCGACUUGGUGCAUUUGUUCAAAUUGCGUCUGCCUAGCUACACAAAGGAGGACCUGUACUUCCCCGGUGUGAAGAUCGACAACGUAGUGGUUGACAAACUCGUCACUUACUUUGAUGACUACCUGAUGGACAUGACCAACGCCGUGUACUUGACUGAAGAUGAGAUUAAGAAGACUAAAUCUGACAUGGUAUUCAUGGUCCGCAAGCGCCGUCUUAAUCACCAACCUUUCAAGGUCACUUUGGACAUCUUGUCUGACAAGUCUGUCGACUGUGUUGUGAGAGUAUUCUUGGGUCCCAAGAAAGACAACUUGAACAGGCUUAUUGACAUCAACAGAAACCGUCUUAACUUCGUUGAAUUAGAUACCUUCUUGUACAAGCUGAACACUGGCAAGAACACUAUCGUCAGGAACUCCUACGACAUGCACAACCUUGUUAAGGACCGCAUGAUGACCCGUGACUUCAUGAAGAAGGUUGAGUCUAUCACUGAUAUGCGCGAUCUUAUGAUCAAGGACCUUAGGAACUACCACACUGGUUUCCCAACCAGGCUUCUACUUCCUAAAGGUUUCGUCGGUGGUAUGCACAUGAUGCUCUACGUCAUUGUGACGCCUUUGAGACUGGUUGACAACGUCGACAUAAACAUCUUGGACAUCAACCGCAAGGACCUCAUGCGUGACUUCAGGUCAACAGUCCUUUUGGACAAGAUGCCUCUUGGAUUCCCCUUCGACCGUCGCAUUGAUGUUGGCAACUUCUUCACCCCCAACAUGAAGUUCGUGGAAGUAACAAUCUUCCACAAGAGGAUGACCUGUGACAUGAAGACUAGGUGGAACCGCUGGGUGUUGAAGGACUACGACAUGGUCGACAGGACUCGCAUCGAGUCUGACUCAUACUUCGUAGACACUGACCUCGACAUGAAGGUGAACCGAAACGUCAACCUUAUUGAUGUUUAAACACUGGACGAACUACCAAAGAAACAAUGACCCUUGGCUUUUAUGAAUGCAUUGAAAAAAGACUAAAAAAAUAAAUCUAAUUAUUUUUUAUUA